AUGGAACACAGCUCAGAUCAAGGCAUGUACCUAAGGCCAUCCUGCCGGGUUCCCAAUUCACUGCAUUCCUUCCAGGUGGACUCUACUAAUGGGGUUAUUUGUGUGUUUGUCUCCGCUUCUCAUUUCCUUGCGCCCCAGCCAGGGAAGAACAGGGAGCUCACCAAUUUGUGUACCUGGAAUAAACCCAAGGAGCAUUCCCCAGCGAACAGAACCACAGACCAAAAAUGGGCGAGAAGUUUCCCUUGCAGCAAGUCGGCCCCCGACAGCGACAGUUCCCACUCCCACCUGCCCAGCCACUGUCAGGGAUUAGCCGGGAAAGAUUUUCCCCGAUGCAGUGAAAUAAGCCACCCAGGGAUUCAGAUUGCGCGGGCAGUGGCGGAGCCGCAAAGGACACACUGCCCGACAGCGUCUCAGCCGCCUGUCAGGCCCCGGAAGCAGUUUCAGCCGGAACCUUUCCGUCGAUUCCCGCCCGAGCACUUUUGUGCGGUUCACAGGGACCGGAAGUCAGAGGAGGGGGAAGGACCGCAGGAGCAGACUGAGUUGACUUGGAAGAUGAAUUCUCUUACUCCUUUUCGUUUGGCGGGAGUGAGGUGGAGAGGCGCCCUAUUUGCUGAUGCCCUACACAUUUCUUGCUGUCGGCAAAAAUCCACUGCACCUAAGAAAAUGAGCCCCAGCGAUUGUGGUGACAAUACAAAGGAUGUUGGAAAUGCACUUGACAAGCUUUUCUCUCAGGAACAGCAGGCUUCCAUCUUGCAUGUAUUGAACACAGCAUCAGAUAAAGAACUUGAAGAUUUCAAACAGCUUCGUGGAAGAAAGUCCAUCAAAAUUAUAGAGCACAGGGAAAAGUUUGGGCUAUUUCAGAAUUUGGAGAGCUUAAUGAAUGUGCCCUCAUUCCAGUAUAAAACAGCUGUUCAAGUUUGUAAUUCCAUUCUUUGCCCCGAGACUGGAAAGAAAAAAAGAAAACUACAGGAAAACCGGGUCUUGGGAAAGAUCAUCAAACCAGACAUAGGAAGAGAGAAACUUAAGGCAGUUAACAGUAUCGUAUCUAUUGUUUUUGGCACUCGAAGAAUUGCCUGGGCUCAUCUUGAUCGUGAGAAGACAGUGCUAGACUGGCAGCAAGAUGAAAGCUGCAGUAUGGUCAAAGGGACGUACUUGUCAUCUGUCUAUUUAGAAGAGAUGUCUUCAGUCAUUUCAAAGAUACCGAAAGCUGAUUUCUACAUUCUCGAAAAAACAGGACUUCCGAUUCAGAACAUAUCGCUGUUUCCUAUACUGUUACAUUUUCAUAUCGUGGAAGCCAUGCUGUAUACCUUGUUAAAUAAAACAUUUCCGCAGGACGGCCAGCACCGCGUGCUGAGCAUGAGCCGAAGUGCAGUGGGGAAGCACUUUGAACUGAUGAUCGGUGGGGACACAAGGACUAGUGGGAAGGAGCUCAUCAAGGAGCUCUUCUCAGAGUCUGUACUGAAGGCAGACCCACGAGUAGUCUUCCCUACGGAUAAAAUCGUCCAGUACAGACAGAUGUUUUUAUCUACCGAACAGAAAAGAGUGGAGGAAUUGUAUGACUCACUACUGCAAGCUCUCGCCUUCUACGAAUUAGCAGUGUUUGACAGCCCACCUUAA